AUGGCUAUUGCCACUUCUCCCGUAUCCUUGUGGAGCCGGAAACGCGAUCUCGUCUACUUCGCAUUCUUCGCCAUCCAUGUCCCCAUCAUCUUCUGUGAGUCAAUCAGAGUCGUGGUCGAUGCCGCUCCUAUCCUGCCGUCUUUCCUCCAGUCAGAUUUCAGCGUGACACUCCGCGAGUUCUACAUCGAAACCUAUCAUGACAAGUUCUUCGAGGAGACCCCAACCACUUGGUUUACCUUCUUUCUGUUGAUGGAGCUAUUCUACCAUGUUCCGCUCAGUGUCUGGGCUCUACGCGGCCUGAAGAAAGAUGAUCCUCUUGUUCCCGUCCAUUUGCUCGUUUUCGGAGUGCAAUCGUUUCUCACCUCUGCCAUCUGUCUAGUGGAGGUCUGGAGCUGGACGGACCGUACGCUCGACCAGAAGCAGAAUAUUACCAUGCUCUAUGGUCCUUAUGUUGCUCUCGGCGCAUUCAUGGCAGUCGACAUGUUUUGUAGACUUCGCGAGCGACUUGUGCUCAAGCCCAAGUUGGAGUAG